AUGCAUAUCGUCCCCUUUACUCAGGCCCGUCGCCCCUUCCCGAGCACCACGAUUCACGAAACAGAUCGACCUGUCCGCCGCACCUCGCUGCCUGACCUGUCGCGGGGCCGUGUGUUCCGUGUGGAUUCGUACGGCACCGCCAUCUCACCCCACCCUUUCUCGCCCGUGCGCGCGGUGCAGCGUGCGAUUCUCGUGGACCGCGAGGACGCGCAGCGGCAGUACCUGGAGCAGCGGCCCCCUUCCCGCAUGUGUUAUGAGGGUGCGGUGGGCAGUGCUGCACAUACAGGGGCACGUCUGUACAAGUCUCAAAGCUGUCUCCUUCCUCCCUGCCGCCCCUCCCCGUGCGUCCACCCCCGUUGCUGCCACCGGUGCGCGUGGGCGCGGAAGCAGGUGGUGCAGGCGGCGGUGGCGGAGGUGUACAGCGAGGAGAGCGCGGAGGGCGGCCAUGCCACGCACGCGCACAACGCGGUGAGGGAUGAGAGGAAGAGGGCAGACCGUGGUGAGUGGGGGAGAGAAUUCGCUAGAGGUGGGGACGAUACGUUCCCCUUCAUUCCCCUCCUCUGCGCUGCCCCUCCCUCCCCCCUCCAGAUACUGGCAUACCUGAGCAGCACGCUCGACCCGUUGCUCGCCGUGCCACCCGCCUCGCCCACCACGCCCCUCGCUGCACCCGCGCACGGCGCCCCCUCACACCCACUCUCGCACGCACAGCCAGCAGGGCUGGCAGGGCGGUUGGAGCAAUCGCGGCAGCAGCUGCUGGGAGUGGAGCCGGGGUGCCUGCAGAGUGGCGCUGCCAGGGCUGCUGCGGUCAGGCUGCAGCAGCGGGUCAUCGAUGCAGUGGCGUCCUCUGCAGCCAACAUCAAGACCUUCAUUCACUUGAGCCUCGGGGACGAUGCCUCCAACACUGACGCUGACGCUGUUACGCGAGUGCGGGAGGAGGUGCGGGGGGUACGGGAGAGGGAGGCUGCCAUCACGCGCGUGCUGCUCGCCACAGCCAACACUCGAGCUACCCUGGCGCAGGAGCACGUGAGGGUGACAAAGGACCUUCUUGCUGUGCUGCACCUCAAGACACUCCAGCAGCACCCGCUGGAUGGGAGGCGCUGUAAGCUGCUGGAGGCAAGCGCUGCGCUGCUGCAGUGCAAGGAAGAAGCGGUGGAGCAGCAGAUCCGAGCGGCCACGUACACGAGAGACACCGUGCUGGCGUUGCAGCACAUGAGGAGCCAUCUGUUGGCGCGCAAGGCUGAAGUCAGCAUGGCGCGAGACCAAGCACUUUCCUCCCCUCUCUGCUCUUUCCAAUUUGCCUCCCCAUUCCUUUCUACAUCUUCCCCAUCUGCUCCCCCGCCCUCUGCCCCUUCCCCAUCUGCCCUUCCGCUCUCUGCCUCUGCCCUUUUCUCCUCUGACCCUUCUCCCCUUGCCCCUUCCCCAUCUGCCCCUUCCCCAUCUGCCCCUUCCCCAUCUGCCCCUUCCCCGUCUGCCCCUUUCCCCUCCCUCUGUCCGUUCUCCCUCUGCCCCUUUCCCCUCUGCCCCUUCCCCCUCUGCCCAUUCUCCCUCUACCCCUCUACCCCUUCCCCCUCCCUUCCCCCUCUGCCCAUUCUCCCUCUGCCCCUUCCCCCUCUGUCCCUUCCCCCUCUGCCCAUUCUCUAUUUUUUCCCCUUCCCGCUCUGGCCCUUCCGCCUCUGCCCCUUCCCCUCUGCCUCUUCCCUUGCUGCCAGCGUGUGCGCCUGGAGCAGCUCACCUCCAACCAAGAAUUCCUUGCUGUUGCGCGUGAAUACAACCGAACCAAGGAGGUACGGCCGUGAAUACAACCGAACCAAGGAGGUACGGCCAUGA